UAGCUCCUAGAGUUAAGACAUAUAUAGAAUAAUGUAUAUUCUGUGCUUGUAAGAACCCAGAGCCGUAAAGUAUUCAGCAAGUUUAAAAAAAGUCAAAAAUAUUAAUUAUUUUAUGAUUGGUUGGAUUAGCAGAGCUUCUAAAAUAAAUUAAAUUUGAUAUUGUAAAACAGUUGAGUGGAAUUAUAGGCCAUACAAAAAUAAAAACAAUGAAUGUAAUCUUAGGACCCCUUUUUAUGUUUCUAUUAGGUCUACAUACAGUAACAUCCUCUAGAGUUUUGGAGUUAAGUGACAAAUUUAUUGAUAUCAGCACUGAAGGUGUUUGGUUUGUAAAAUUUUAUGCACCAUGGUGUGCUCACUGUCGCAGAAUAGAGCCAGUUUGGGCGCAUGUGGCCCAGGCUUUAUACAACAGUCCCAUCAAGGUGGCUAAAGUAGACUGUACAAGGUUUCCGGCUGUAGCCACUCACUUCAAAGUAAGGGCUUAUCCUACAAUAAUGUUUUUAAAAGGUUCAUUCUGGCAUCAGUAUACAGGAGAGAGAUUAAAGGAUGACAUGGUUAACUAUGCAAUGAGAAUGGUUCAACCAGCAGUACAAAAAGUUUCUCAUGCUGAUAGCUUAGGCUACCUGAAAGAGAAUCACAAUAUAUUCUUUGGUUAUGUGGGUAAGCAGCAGGGGCUAUUAUGGGAAAUGUAUUCAACCCAUGCAGAGAAAUAUCAGGCAUAUAGCUGGUUUUAUGCUUUGUCCCAUGAAAUUGCACAUGACUUGAAACCUCCAAAUGAUUCUUCCAUUUUUGUGUAUAAAGAAGAAGAAACUUUUUAUUUUAAGACAAAACCAGAAAUUCUGGGAGACAAGGAUACAUUAAAUACAACACUAAAUAAAUGGGUUAACUCAGAGAGAUUUGGAUUUUUCCCGAAAAUUACAACAUCAAACAUAAAUGAAUUACUAGGUACUGAAAAGUAUAUAGUCAUAGCUGUUGUAUUCGAGAAUAAACUCAAUGAAAUAACACAGACAGAACGUGAUUUUAAGGACAUGAUUGAAAGCAUUAUAAGAAGUAACAAACAGGAAUUGCACCGUCACUUUCAAUUUGGCUGGAUGGGUAACCCUGAACUGGCCAACACAAUAGCCAUGUCAGAGUUGACAGUGCCACAUCUGAUAGUUCUUAAUUCAACCACCAAUCACCAUCAUAUACCUGACGAUGAUCCUGUGCUCAUGACACCGGAAGCUGUUUCAUUAUUCCUCGAUCAAAUACAUAAACAAACAGCACCUGCAUAUGGAGGUAACAACUGGAUAGUUCAUAUUUAUCGAGGAUUCUUUGAAACACGGACAACUUUGAUCAAUAUGUGGCGCGGCAACCCUGUGCUUACUACGCUAGUUUUUGGAUUACCACUGGGCUUCCUCUCCCUAAUCUGCUAUUCUAUAUGUUGUGCCGACAUACUAGACGCCGAUGAAGAUGAAGAAAUCACAGAAACGCAUGAGAAGAAGGAUUAAGAAAAGAUGGAUAUAAUAAAAUGUAGUUUCUCGCUAGGUUCUUCCGAAUUAAUACUAAUAGAUACUAUGUUCCUUGUGUACAGUUAUUGUUUUUAUAUUGUAGAGAAUAAUUACGACCUAAUUAUUUUGAUAUUUGUUUGGUACUUAUAUCGUUUAAUUUAAACGGUUGUUUAUUGAGAUCUUAUUUAUAUACACUAGGAUUAAGUUUAAAUUAUAUUAAAACGUUGUUGUUACCAAAUAUCCGUUACUGUGGUUAAAACAAUUAUAUACAAUGUCAUUUGGAAAAGCGACGUUAGGUACUAAAAGUCACUACCUACCUUUAAAAAGUAUCAUGCAUUUCAUUUCCCUAACAAAUUAUAAUUACUUGACGAAAGAUCUACACGUGUGUGUGUGUGCAUGUGAGUGUGUGUUUUAAUAUUAACUAGGACCUUAAUCGUGUCUGUUGCCAUAGUAAUCUAUGACAUUUGACCAGAAAUGUAAACAAUUUAUGUUAUGUUUGUCACAACAUGUUAUAUAUUGGUCUAGUUUUGGAAAAUUCCGUAAGAUAGAUUUUUUCACUACUGUGAAUAAUUGAAUACCCAAUCGACAAAGUAUCAGGCUCUCUUCCAAGUAGCCAUUCUUAGCCUUUCUUUUGUAUGUUUAAAAACUGGCUAUAAUUUAAUGAAUUAAGCUUAAUCUGCUAUAGUCCGCUAGGAGCAAGAGAAUCUGUAUGGUGUAAUUUAUAAUCA